AUGGCGACUGGGUCGGGUUGGCAGCCGUAUUACUGCCCUGCCGGUCAGGGGAAAUUUACAACAUCCUCGGGAACCAGCAUGUCUUUUCAAUCCGGCAUCGCCAUGGAAUAUACCCAAGACCUGCACCUGAAGAUGAGCAAGAAAAUAGCACAGCUAACAAAGGUUAUCUAUGCACUGAACACGAAAAACGACGAACACGAGGCGGCCAUCGCCACUCUGAAGGAGGCCCAUGAAGAGGAAGUGCAGCAAAUUCUGUCUGAGACCAGAGAGAAGAUACUCCAGUACAAGAGUAAGAUCAGCGAUGAGAUCGACCUGAAGAGGCGGAUCCAGUCUCUGGAGGAGUCCAUGGAGCUCCACGAGAGGAUGAAGAGACAGGCGCUGGCCGAGUUCGAGAGCUAUCGUCAGAGGGUGGAGGACAUGCAGCUCUGCACUGAGGCUCAGCACACGCAGCGGGUGGUGUCCAUGUCGCGCGAGGUGGAGGAGAUGCGGCGGUCCUUCGAGGACAAGCUGCGCACGUUCAGCUCGGCGCAGACCCAGUUCGAGCAGGAGAAGAAGGUCGCUCUGGAGGAGCUGAAGGGCCAGCACAGACAAGAGAUCCAGGAGCUCCUCCGCAGCCACCAGAGCCACAACGCUAACUACAGUAAAGACCAGGAGAAACUGGGACAGCUGCAUAAAGCCGAGGUGGAGUCUCUGACGGAGCGGGUGGAGGAGCUCAAACAAGACAAGAAGAGAUUGGUGGAGGAGUACGAGGCCAAACUCAGCAAGGCUCAGGCCUUUUACGAGCGCGAGCUGGAAGCCAUGAAGAGAACCCAGCAACUGACCGCAGACAACCUGUUGGCGUGGAAACGCACCGAGUCCGAGCUGAGGCGGGAGUUCCAGGCUCAGGAGGCGGCGCUGCAGAAGACCCUGGGGAAGCUGAGGGCCGAGCUGGCCCGGGUAACGGACGAGGCUCGGGAAAACCGGGAAAAGUCCCACAAGCUCCACGCGUCACUCACCAGCGCUGAGAGAGACGUCAAGGACCUAACCAAGCAGCUGGACGAAGUGACCCAGAACUCUGAGAUUGUGGAGAUCCGUCAGAAGGAAGCCGAGUGUGAACUGGAGGCAGCGAGGGACCGAGUUCAGCAGCAAGCCACUGAAAUACUGCUCAAAGCCAGUCAGAUCAGCAGCCUGCAGGCCACUCAGAUGACCCAGGAAGCCGCCAUCAGGGACCUGGACAGCGAGCGGAGCCGGCUGAAGGACAAAGUGCUGAGGAUGGAGGAAGAGAGGGAGGCGCUGCUGAGCCAGGGCCAGGCGCUGGACGACAGGCAGAAACAACAGCUCCAGUCUCUGGAGAAGACCCUGCGCGAGGAGAAGGCGUCCCAUGAGAAGGAAAUGAACAGCAUGCAAGCGCGAUCCGAAGAGGAGGCCAGUCAGAUGAAGGAGAGCCAGGCUCGAGCUCUGGAGGAAGUCGCCAAGAAGCACAGAGUGACCCUGGAGAACGCCCUCAAAGAGGCCGAGAAGGAGAAGAACCGCCUGCUGGCUGAGCUGGAGCAGCAGUUUGAAAAGGAGCGCCAAUCACUGGAGGAGCAGAAGACGCUUCUCAGGCAGCAGCUGGACGAGAUGGGGGAGGAGCUGACGGCCAAACUCGGCGCUGCCAACGAGGAGGUGACUCGGCUGCAGCAGGAGGUGCAGCAGGGGGAGCAGGACAUCGGGACAGCCGAGGGGCAGAUCUCCACACUGAAGGAGGCGCAGGACAAACUUCUGGAGGAGCUGGAUGCUACCAGGGCUCGACUGAGAGAGACCAGCAACCUGCUGACGGCGCUGCAGGGAGAGUUAGAGACCCAGAAGAGACAGCAUGAAGCCAAACUCAUCACCACCAAAGAAGAAGAAAAACUGAAGAUGGACAAGAUGGCUCUGGAGCUGGAGCUUAAAUGGACUGAAACACUCAGGCAGGAGUGUAAGAAGCUUCGCGAGGAGCUCAGAGAGGACCACGAGGAGGACAAGGCCACGGCGCUGACUCAGCUCACGCAGAGCAAGGAGCAGGAACUGAACAGUGCCAGGGAGAGCUGGCAGAGGAAAGUGGAGGACCUGCUGGAACAGAUCUCCCUGCUGAAGCAGAGUCUGGAGAUGCAGCUGUCCCAGUCGCAGUCGUCGCUGCAGCAGCUGCAGCACCAGUUCAGCCAGGAGAGGGAGCACCUGAGGAUGCAGCUGGACGAGCUGCAGACGGAGCACCAGAGGCGACAGCAGCGUCUGCAGGAGGUCCACUGCUGUGCCAUGCAGGACAUGGAGCACGCCAGGCAGAGGGACCUGAAGGAGCUGGAGGAGCGUCUCCGCCAUCAUCACCAUGCAGAGCUGCAGUCUCUCAGAGAGGCUCACCGCCAGAGCAUCGAGACGCUCAAGCAGCAGUCGGAACAAGAGCUGCAAACACUCCGCUUCGAGCUGGAAGACGAGGGCAAAGCCAUGCUGGCCUCUCUGCGAUCAGAGUUGAACCACAUCCACGCAUCAGCCAUCGAACACCUGAGACAAACCCACCAACAGGAGUCAGCUGCAGCCAAGCUGGAGCUGGAGAAAACCCUGGAGAACAACCGGAUACAGGAGCGAGAUCUGUUGGGCCGGAUCACCGAGCUGCAGGAGGAGGUGUCCAGGAGGAAGAACCACAUCGCCCAGCUGGACCACCAGAUCCACACGCUCAACGAGAACAUCAGCACUCUGACUAAAGAGCUGGAGCUCAAGGGCAAAGAGGUGCUCAAGAUCCGCAGCGAAGCCAAUCAGCAGAUCAGGGCUCAUGAACAAGAGCUGUUGAAGAGGCACGAGAGGGAGCUUGCCGAGAUGAACGCCGUUCACAGCAGAGAGACGCAGAACAUGCUGUCAGACUUCAACAAAGCCCAAGAAGUGCUCAAAGACAAGAUCUCCGCCCUUCAGAUUCUACUGGAAGGAUCAGAAGAGAAGUUCAGAAACAGGGAGAGUCGUCAUGAGGAUCUGCAGGUCAUCGCGGAACUGAAGGACAUGGUGUCCGAGAGAGAAUCUCUAGUCAAGAAACUGGUGGACGAUAAGAAGUUCUACCAGCUGGAACUUGUCAACAGGGAGACCAACUUCAACAAAGUGUUCAACGCCAGUCCUAACGUAGGAGUUAUCAACCCGCUCAUUAAGCAAAAGAAAAAGAAUGAGAAAACUGCAGCCAGCAGAUUCAGCAGCUCUCCUAAUGUCAGGGCUCUGGAGGCAGCAGGUAGGGGCAUGGGCGUGGCAGGUUCAGGAAGUGGGCAGCUCCCACAGCCCCCACCUCCUCCUCCACCAGUCCAGCCCAGCCGCCUAGAACCCAUCCCCAACUCCCCCAUCCACCACCUUGAACUCAACUCCAACAAACCUCUUCCCCCGCCGACCCCUCCCACCGAACCCAAGAAAUUCAUGAGAAACCAGAAGGAGCAUAAAAUCAGGAGCCGCAGGGAUUCAAAUAAACAAAUUUAAGCGUUCUGAUGUGUUGAAAAAUUAAAGUUUGCUAACAGUUACUGCUGCUUUGCCUGUCCGGCUCUCUGUUCCUUCAAAAUACACAUAGUUGAGUUUACGAAACAAAAAACUCCUUCUGAAAAGUCAAGUCUGUUUUAAACAACAGCUUAGGCUAACUGAUAAAGCUAACAUUAGCUAGGUGAGUUGAUUGUCUACUAGCUACCUUCAUUAAUGUUUUGCUAACUUGAUUUAAACGUUGAGACAACAGAAACUACAUUUUAGUUGCCUUGAGUGACACGUGUCGCUAGCAGAAAUGAUCAGCUUCAGCUAGCUAGCUGAUUAAGCUAAUAUAAGCUUGAUAAUUUGUUUAUUUAACAGCAAACUUUUUAAUGGCUCCAUCUAACUAGAUUUUAAAAUACAAGACAAAACAGCAACUCCAAUUAAAGUGGCUUUAGUGACACCAGUCAAAGAUAAUCAGCUUCCGCUAGCUAGCUGGAUAAGCUAACAUUAGCUAGUUGAGCAGUUUGUCUGUGAGCUAACUUCUUAAUUUGUCGAUGUUAUAGUUUUAAAAAUGUAGACGACAGCAACUCUAAUUUAGUUGGCUUGAAUGCGACUGACGCUAGCGGACGUAUUGUUCUUCAGCUAGCUAGAUGACUAAGCUAACAUUAGCUAGUUGAGUUGUUGAUCUGCCUAACACAGAGGCCUUCAGUACGCACUCUGUGGUUACAAAUAUGAUGUCAUGCUAAUGACUUAAGCUAAAGCUUUAUGUUUGAGGCAAAGUUAACACCAUCAGGAAAUUAUUAACCUUAUAGAAGCUGUAGAAAUAAACAGUUCUUGUACAUUGUGGAGGUAUACAUGCUAAAAUGACCCUGUUUAGUUUAGUAUUUUACCUGCAGAAGUUUUUUUAACCGUGUGUUUGAUUUCAAGAGAGCAGAGGCCGUCAGGACGAGGACUUAGCCUACAGGAAAGGGCGACUAGCGUUAGCCUAACUUCUGAUAAGCUAGCAGCCAGGUGUCGGAGUUGAUGUGAUAGUCGUAAACAUAUCUGAUAAUAACAUUAUGAAUAUAUAAUCAUAUAAAAUAAUGCUCCUUGCUCUUGAAGGUAACACUAAGUAACUGCUGCGGAUAUAAGUAGUUUAGCUUGCUAUGCUAACAGCUAUACGCUAAGCAGAUAAAAAACACUGUUCAAUGCAUUCUUUACAAUUUUGCUCGUUUACUUUUGUUUUUGUAAAGAGCAGAAACAGAACCACCAUCCAAACUCUUUAUAUAAGAAGUCUUUCUCUGUUUAUCCAAAGCUUCAAAGAAUGGCUUUGGAAUGCAAAAGGAGCAUGUGUGUUUGUGUGUUUUUAUUUUGUAUCCUUUCUGUUUGUCCGUCAGUGUGAACAUGUUAACCGUGUGCAUGGUGACCAGUUUCCCUUUUCUGUUCAGGUGGUUAUUUUGUGGCUCUCUGUUGUGCAUUUUGUGUUUCUUCAUCUUCAUCCUCUCAUCUAAAUCUCAGCAUGUUGCACACGCUGCACUUUAUACGGUAUCUCGCUCUGACUGGAAGCGAUCGACUGUUUUCUGUACAAACUAAAUAAAUUAUUUUGCCAUGUGGAUUUCUAAUGAAGUUGAUAUUGUCUUUUGCUAUCAUGGACCGUCCCCUCUGUGUGUGGUGGUGUUUUAUUUUGAAAAAACAGAUUUUCUUCUCAACUCUAUGGUCCAAUAAAUGCUUCUCUUGUUUCUUAAAAAAAAAUGGCUGUGAAUGGUCGUUGUGGUGCUACGAUACAUUAUGUAACAUGCUUCUACCAUGGAUACAUGCAGUUUGUUUAUUGCAUGCAUAGAAACAUAAUCUAAGGUCGCUCGUGUUUACAUUUACAGCAUGUGUGAGAGGGCGUGCGUGUCAGCAUGUCUUGGUUAUUCUCGAUCUUGCUGCAUGUUUUUUGCUGCUGUUUCUGUAAAGAGUGAGAUGUGGCGGCUGCUUUGCGAACGCUUGGAACACAAGUGUUAACAUAGGACCCACCUUUUGCUGU